CGGAAUUUCAGUGCGCUUUUUGUUUCCUUGUGUCGCCGCGGACCGGCUGUGCUGAAAUUUCCAUCACAAAAGUUGUAAAAUUUGAUCCCAUUUUGUCCGUCUUUACUUGUACGCCUCCGCCUAAACCACGUGUGAAACGACGCCGUAUCCCCCGUGUAUCAUAAUCGAAAUAGAUCGAACAGCUGUCCUCAUCAAACUGCAGUGUACUGUGUUGGUGCGAUCGGUGUCUGAGGUUGCGAUGAGGUGCGGCCACCAGUCCGUGUAGAGAGCGAAAACAUCCGGAAGUUGAUACAAUACUUCCUGUGGUGCCGUUUACUGCGCGUAAUAUUGAACCGCGUUCGCAUCCGUCGUCGGAUGAGCGCUGGGUCACACACUGGCCAGGAUGGGAGCGAUGAAUACCGUGUACAAUCGUAGCAUUCAUGCUAUUUUCUGCGUCAACCUCAGCUAGUUCACCUUUGCUCGGCUCCUGCUAGCGCCUGAGAAUUCAAAGGGUGAACCGGGAUAGUCGAGUGUGCGUCCAAGAGCUGAUUGUGUGCGAAGAGUAGGUGCAACGGAGUGUAUAGUAGGAAUCAAACGAUCACUGCUCUAAACAGGAGGGAGCAAGCAAACAACCUCCGAGUGGCGCAGCGGUAAAAGUACACACCGUCUGCAAAAAAAAAAACGAGCGAAAAAACAUCGUCCUACUGUUCUUCUGACCAUCUGACAUCAUCAUCACGCAGAUUGGUGUGUUUACUGCAUCUCCACACCCACCACAUCACGCGCAACGGGCCAACGGUAUAGGGAAGGAAUAUCAGCUAUCAUAUCCCGGGGACACGAAUUUGACUUGUUUCUACUAUUCCCCCGUACACUGGCAAAAUGGUGAAGGAAAAGCCAAACUCGAUACGCAUCUACGACAAGGACGGAUACCGUCGCCGCGCCGCCUGUAUUUGCGUACGAUCGGAGGCAGAAACUGAAGUUUUGUUGGUCACCUCGUCAAGAAGACCAGAGCUAUGGAUCGUCCCGGGCGGUGGCGUCGAACCGGAAGAGGAAGCUUCACUAACCGCAACAAGAGAGGUCCUGGAAGAAGCUGGUGUAAUGGGUGAAUUAGGCCGCUGUCUUGGCGUGUUUGAGAACACCGAACACAUGCACCGCACCGAAGUGUUCGUAAUGGUCGUCACCCAAGAGCUGGACGAAUGGGAAGAUUCGAAAACGAUCGGCCGCAAACGACAGUGGUUCUCGAUCGAGGAGGCCCUGUCGCAGCUGGCGCUGCAUAAACCGACCCAGCGCCAUUACCUGCAGCAGCUGCGACACUCGAAGCACCGGACGUCCUCUGCCUCCGAUCCACCGCCCAUUAUAUCCGAACACGAUAACGACGAUUUUACAAGCGAACCAGAAACGAACAACUGUACAGCAUCGCCGGACGAUAUCGUUGCCGGCGAGAAGGAUAAUACGACCGGAUCGACUCCUACCACGCCUCCGCCCGCCUCCUGCUGCGACACAGUGACAGACGACGAUGGUGAACCUGCCGUGAAUGCUGUCGAUCCAGCCUCACCGCCACCAACUCCAACCGCUUAAAUCUCACCCCAUCAAAAACUGCACUGCGUUUAUCGAUAUUUUAGUACCCGCGUACAGAGAGGGAAGAGCUUCUUCAUCAGCAGCCGCACACACAGGGCACGGUGUAUUUCUGUUUAUGCAUCUUGUUGUAGCAGGUUUUGUUUUUCAUCACUCAUUAUUCCUUUUUGUUGUCGCAUCUUACCACUCGAAUACUUUCGGAAAUAUGCGCGAGAAGAGCUGGGUUAACAGGAUAUUGUGUUGCUGCUACUUUGUGCUGUGCUAAGAGAAGGCGACGUCGACUGCGUAAACCUAACUGACUACGAACGAACUAGCUUCGCUCUUUAAUCGGGCUGCAAUAAGAUGCGUACCACCAUCACCACCCACACCCACAAACAGCAAAGCCAUUGGGAGCUCUAGAAACGAAACAAAAAUCAUACCAAAUUUUACCGCUGUGCAUUGCUGUUGCUUCGCCUUAAGAUUUUGGACACCACCGUUUGGAAGAAAGCGUAAACGAUAAGAUACAACACAAAAAGAGGAAAAGUGCGAAUUGUGAAGAUAAAAACGAGCAGUGAUUAUGAAAUGGCAGUCGUGGAAAGAGAACGGAGGAUACAGUUUUGCUUAUUUCUCUUUUCCUUUGCUAGAAAGCGAUUCAUGCCAAUCAUACCAGAAAACCCUACCCCCCGAACGCCCGGUUUUGCAGGGAAAGGAAGUAGCCCAACAGCGCGUUAUACACUCAUCGCCACAGGAUCAUUGAGCGCUAUAUUGAGUAUAGUUUUGUGGCGCGUGUUUAGAGCUCGCACUAGUUUUGUUGCAAUCCGGAGAACGAAUUGUUGCUUUCCUUGUUAUAAUACAUUCGUUCGAUACGUUCAAUUCGCUUGGUAUUGCCGUCUUGUAGUUGCAAGAAGUACACGGGCGAGCAGCGCUUACGUGCGCAAAGAUAAUGGAAACAAUCUUAACCGAUAAAUGGUGAACGAGCUAGAUAGAAACUGGUACCGUGGGGUACGGUGCUUUCCCAGCAGGAACAUGUAGAAACAAAAAGCGAGCAAAAAAGCUAUAUAGAUGCAAUGAACUAGCAAUUAUUAAGAAGAGAUACACACACACACACACACACAAAACAAUUUAACUACUAGGAAUACUAUGGAACAGUGUUACAGUCCCACAGAAGCUCCCGUUUAAGUUUUUAAAAAAGCCAAUUACAGUCUUUGGGCCAUAUGUUACUAAAAGGAAAUGUAUCACUCAAUGAGGGAAGCCUAGAUAAUACUAACAAAAACCUGUCACACUCAUCCGCAUUCGAGGGGGAAAGAAAGAUUUUUUUACUAAAAUAUUAUUGCAAUUGCAUAAUGCACACAGACAGACACACCGACACAUGGCAGAGAAACAAACUGAUGUGAAGCAAACAUUAAAUAUACAUCUAUAUAUAUAUUAUAUACAAACUCUGGUGCAUUAUGCACGUGAGAGUGCUUCUUUAAUAAGUGGGAAAGGUGAUUGUUGUUAGGGCUGACUUCUAAGGCCACGCACACUCACACACACACAGCUUAUAUUACACAGAGUGAGAAUGAUAAACCGGAUGCAAACGUUUAGGGAAAAUGAAAGUGAAACUUUUGCUCUACCGCCGUGGAAAGUAUUCGGUAAAGUGCGGUGUGUGUGCGUGUUAUGGGCGAAAAAAAAAGAUUAAAAAACGAAAUUAACAGAACCAACCAUUUGCUACUACUACUACUAACGAUGAGCACGAACUGGCAAAGCAAGGCGGGACCGGCGCGAUAUAUAGUAGUGCGUACGUGGUGGGAUAGGUUGCGUUAAGAUUUACUAAAUUAUACCUUUAACUACUUAUACUAAUGAUA